AAUCGCCUCCGUUCAGCUGCAGUAGACGGGAAGAACAUGUCACGGAAGGAACGUGACGGCGUCCGGUGCGAAGCGGUUUUGUUGUGUUCUUGGAAGCGGGAUUCAUAGUGAGUGCAUUGGAAACUACUGGUCUAACGUUUCGUGACGAUCGGAUCCUUUCCAAUCAGUUAGUACCGAAAGGUGAAACGAAGUUGCUAGUCGAACCACCGGUGUUUGGGUGGGUGUUGCUCGCUUGUGUUGUUUCUGCCUGUACCAAAACGAAUGCCAUGAACUAUCAACAGGACUCGGAAGUUUGUGUGCGUAGAAACUUUAGUGUGAAAGUGUGAAAGCUUCGGAGAGCAUCACGACACGUGCACCGUCCGAUAUAAUACAUGUGCCGCUCUCCAGUGAACUCCAGUGAGCAACAACGCUAUCAGCUCGCGGCACAGAUUUGUAGCAAGGGCAACACCGGCAGUAGCAGUUUCUAUUAUUGUUGAUCAAUUGGGCAAUCAGUGAGAAUAGUGCGAUACGAAGUGGUCGUACGAUUAUUGCAGUGUGUUCAAAAAUAGCCCACCGGUUGUUGAGGAGUGCCAUUGUCGCCGGCGGUGGAACUGAAGCAGCGAACCAGGAGAGGGAGGAGCAGUUUAUCAAUUGAAUUAAAUGUGUAGACCAAUUUAGGGCCAAUUUAGUCGCGUCGUGUCUGCCAAACUGCGAACGAAAACAAUAUCGAAGCGAAGAUGACCACCACCAACAGCGAGCUGCUGGGGCUUGCCUUCAUGGCAUUCUUCAUCAUCACACUCUCCUCAACCGCCCGGUAUUAUUUCAAAUUCUUCUGCUUCGUGAUACUGUCGGUGGUAUGUGCCGUGGGACCAGUUCCGUUCAUGCUUCUCCGGCCACGGGACUACCGGAAUGCCUUAUUGCCCGCCUAUCUGUGUACUAUGUUUGGGAAAAUGCUUGGCGCCUCGUUCGAAGUUCGCGGCAAGGAAAACGUUAACCGACAGCACGGAGGGGUUGUCCUAAUGAAUCACCAAAGUGCGCUGGACCUAGUCGUGCUGGCCUAUUUAUGGCCCAUCGUAGGACGAGCGACGGUGGUGGCAAAGAAGGAGGUCCUGUACAUGUUUCCAUUUGGACUGGCCAGCUGGCUAUGGGGGACCCUGUUUAUCGAUCGAAAAAAUCAGAGCUCAGCCAAGACGGCCAUCAAUAAGGAAUCGAAGGCCAUCAAUGAUAAGCAGGCGAAAAUUCUAUUCUUCCCAGAAGGAACCCGAGGCAACGGAGACAGCUUGCUUCCAUUCAAGAAAGGAUCCUUCCACGUUGCAAUUGAAGCACAAGGCUACAUCCAGCCCGUGGUGGUUUCCAAGUAUCACUUUCUGAAUUCAAAGGCGAAAAUUUUCAAUCGAGGCCAAAAUAUCAUCAAAAUUCUACCGGAAAUUUCCUGUGCUGGCAUGACCAAGGAGGACAUGCCUCGAUUGAUGGACCGGGUCUACAAACUGAUGCAAAUCGAGUACGAAACACUCAGUGAUGAAUCGCUGGCGAUUAAUAAUCUCAGCAAGAGUCUUUAAAUUCCACCAUCGAAAAUGGAACGCGUAAAACGCUACAAAAAAACUGUAAACGAAGUAAAAGACUUUUGAACUCUUGUUCACGUCUGAGUGGGGUAUUAAUUUCCAGGAAAACUGGUUAGCAAACACGCUCCUUUAUCCACCGCAGCUUUUCAUCCAUGAUGGUCCUUUUCCGCAAAGGAAUGGGAAAUCAAAGGAACGACGCACCUUUAGCCGUAGAAUUGAAGAAAUGAAGAGGCUUUCCAUCCCUCAGUCAGCUCUGAUGAAUAGUGCCCUAUCUUUGCAGCCACAGAACCACCCAUCCUUUUCUAAUGGGACUAGUUUUUAAGGAAAAUUAGCACAAAGCAAGAAUGAUUGCUCAAAGAAUUAAUCUUCCCCGCCUGGACCGAGUAGGAACAAAAUUGAACUGGAGCCUCCGAAACAUUUAAUUUUCCCAAAGAAUUUAUUCGUUAGGCUAGAGUAGAACGCGAAUGGGGUUUUAAGGAAUGUUUUAUUUUUUCUGUGAAUAGCACGAAGUAAGAUUAGAGCAAAUAAAUUAAAAACAUCGUGUCUUAACAUUGCAAUGAAUGGACGGGUAGUGAUACAACUCUGGAAUGGUAGUAGAUUUCUGUGCGAAUUGUGACCAGUGAGAAAUAUUCCUCAGAUGGAUCGGUAAGAAUGUAAGAUUUACUGCAUAAUUGAUCUUUAUAUAUGCGUCUUUGAUUCUGUAUAUAGAUAAACAAACAACUGAAAACAAUAUUCCUAAAAAGCUACAUCUAUUUAGAGUGGUGAAAUUUUAGCAAUAAACAAAUAUAUGGUACAUGUGAUACACGUUUAAUAACAUUUCUAGAAGUGAAUACAAAACCAAAUGAAA